CAAGGUGUGUUCAGCUGGAAGUUCCAGAUCCAAAUCGGCUGAACAUUAUGUUUGGAUCUGGGUGGAGGUGGCCGGGCUCCACCCUGAUAAUUGCUCUGUAUUGAGGAGAGAAGACGGGAAUGUCAAAUGUGGAUUUUCUGCAGAGAAGUGAGCGUGAUCGAGAAACACAAUGCAAGCUGGGAUUUUUAAGGUGUGCCUUGUGGUCAUUACGGCCAUUGUCAACCACCCUCUUCUCUUCCCCAGUAACAAUUCUGCUGUACCUACCACCGAUGACUUCAUUAUCCAAAAACUGAAGGAAAGAGAAGAAAAUCUGCAGCUUCAGCAGCUGGAACUUGAGAAGCUUUUAUCUCGCCAAGAGCCACCCCCAGAAGACGACACCGAAACUGAGAACAAGCCCACCGAAGAUGAAUCAUUAUGGGAUUUCUGGAGUGUAAUGUCAAUGAUUGUCUUUCUUAUGAUUGAAGUGUGGAGGCAAGACUUUCUAGAUAACAGUCCACAGGAGCAAAGCAAAGAGGAGGAUGACCCUAUGUACAAUGGAAGCAGCUGCCAUGGAGUCCUUUUUCCAAGCAAGACCAUGUUGGCUAUUUUUCAUGACCAGUAUAUCCGGACAACAACCCAUGACGCGGCUCGGACUAAGGAAUUUGUUGAGGGUUUUGCAGAUGAUUUGCUAGAAGCACUAAGAAGUGUUUGUAACCGUGAUGCAGACAUGGAAGUUGAAGAUAGUAUCUGUGUGGGGAGCAUGUACGAAAACUGUAGAGUCAAUAAACCACUGAUAUGUGACUUGCUUGUACCAUUUUCUCCUCCAGAACCCUACUAUUUCCGCUGCCAACCUUGGAUUACUAGCAAAUCCAUCGUUCCCAAUCAACAAAGUUAUGGAACAAUUCUUGUUUGUGGACCCGAAGAUCCAUCAGGUUGUGUCUGCGACAGGAAAAAACUUGGAGAAGACAUGCUUUGCCUUCUUCACAACCCAAGCAGCAAGAAGAAGGUCACCAAGGAUGUCAAUCUAUUAUGUUCAAAGGAAUCCAACUAUCUAGACACAGACCAGGUCAUGAAAUGGUUCCAAACAGCCAUAACAAAGGCCUGGGGCAGGAUAUCACACAAGUACGAGUUUGAACUCACUUUCAACCACUUAGAUUAUCCAGGAGCUUUAAGAGUCAAAUUCAAAUCAGGAAAAGUCAUCAGUUUCAACAUCAGCCCGGUGGUUCAGUAUGAAGACUCUGAUCUGUACUUUAUUUCACAGUUCCCCAGCAUGGACAGAGCAACCGACUUGGCCUCCAGCGUUCACUGGAACUUGUCUUUCGCAGUUUACGAGAGAAGGUUUCUCAAGAACAUUGCCAAACAUCUCCCAGGAAAUUCAUGCCACCUCAGUUGCCUACAAAUUAUAACUUUCCUGCAUUCCAAGCAAUGUGACAUAACUGGCCCAAGUGGCCUGACAAGUUACCACCUAAAGACGGUCCUCUUGCAUCUUCUACUGACACGGUCUUAUUAUGACUGGAGUAACAUCAUGCUAGAAGAUCGAUUACGGGACAUGUUCAAGAGCCUGGAGAAAUGUCUGCUGGAGAAGAGACUCCACCACUUUAUGAUUGGAAAUUCCAAACUUCCAGAGACGGUCAGUCUCCCGGAAAACUUCCGCACAGCAGAACCUCUUAAUCUUUUCCGAUCAUUUGUUCUAAACAGAGAUCUUUACCAAAAAACCUUGUCCAUGUUCUAUGAGAUGUUAAAGAACGCAACUGUUGUAAUCAAUGAAUAUAGCUUUCACCUUCCUACAGGACCGUCCAACAAAAACUCCCAUUAGCAACACUCAUGGUGUAUUUUGUAAGAAUUUAAAAACAUUUUAUGGAGUUUAAUGCUGGAUUGGAAGUUUCAGGAUUUGGAUAAGCCAACUUAAGUCUGCCAAUUCCAUUAAGAACAGAUGUUUUUUUUAUUAGUGUUAUAAAAAUAUCCUUACAGAGGCUAUUUAUAUGUUCUUACAGCUGCUGUUUAUACAAUUAUACAAUUCAAUUAUAAUGAAGACUAACAAUUUACCCAUACUCAGGAAAUGUAAAGGUUUAGGUCAGGUGUUCUCAACCUUGUUGAGACAAGAGCCCAAUUAAUUGUUCCAAAACCCUCCAUGCCCCAACAGUA